ACUGCCCAUGUACUAACGGGGGCGGGGCUGCCGAGGGCGGCGGAAGAUGGCGGCGGGGGCUAGGUGAGGUGUUGGCAGUGGCGAGGGGCUCGGGCGCGGGGGGUGGGGGGACGCGGAGCGAUGGCCCGCGCCGGCCGCUGGGGCGGAUAAGACCCCCGUCGCGCCGCGGGUGUGGGCCGGAGGGAGGAGACGGUGCCCGAGCGCCCCAGGAGUAUGACAGGGCUGCACGAGCUGGUGUGGCGGGUGCUGCACGCGCUGCUCUGCCUGCACCGCACGCUCACCUCCUGGCUCCGCGUUCGCUUCGGCACCUGGAACUGGAUCUGGCGGCGCUGCUCUCGCGCCGUCUCCGCCGCGGUCCUAGCGCCGCUCGGCUUCACGCUCCGCAAGCUCCCGGCCGUCGGCAGGAACCGGCGUCAUCCCCGGCACCCGCACCCGCACGGGGCACCGGGACCGGCCGCCACCCACCCCCGGCUGCGCUGGCGCGCGGACGGCCGGUCCCUGCAGAAGCUGCCGGUGCACAUGAGCCUGGUGAUCACCGAGGAAAUUCAGAAGCCCAGCUUCUCGGACGUCGCCAGCCUCGUGGUGUGGUGUAUGGCCGUGGGGAUCUCCUACAUUAGUGUCUACGACCACCAAGGUAUUUUCAAGAGGAAUAAUUCCAGAUUGAUGGAUGAAAUUUUAAAACAACAGCAGGAACUUUUGGGCCAAGAUUGUUCCAAAUACUCAGGAGAGUUUGCAAAUAGUAAUGACAAAGACGAUCAAGUUUUAAAUUGCCCUUCGGCAGUGAAGGUGCUGUCCCCAGAAGAUGGAAAAGCGGAUAUUUUGAGAGCUGCCCAAGACUUUUGCCAGUUAGUAGCCCAGCAGCAGAGGAAGCCCACAGAUCUGGAUGUAGAUCUGCUAGACAGCUUACUUAGUUCACAUGGUUUCCCUGACCCUGACUUAGUGUUGAAGUUUGGUCCUGUGGACAGCACGUUAGGCUUUCUUCCCUGGCAAAUCAGAUUGACUGAGAUCGUCUCUUUGCCUUCUCACCGAAACAUCAGCUAUGAGGACUUUUUCUCCGCCCUCCGGCAGUAUGCAGCUUGUGAACAGCGUCUGGGAAAGUAAUGGUCCCCGGUUGCAUACUUUGACUUCAGGCUUUUGGAGAAAAGGACCCAAGUGACCCUGAUGUUUACAAAGUACCUAUAAAACCCUGUACACACCUAGUUCAUAUUCUUCAUAAUUUAUCAACAAACACAAAAAAGUGUCUUACUUGAGAGUGAUUGAGUGUGUGUAUGCGUGAGUGUGUGCGUGCGUGUGUGUGUGUGUGUGUGUGUGUGCACGUGUGUAUGGAAAUUUAUAAAUGGGGGACAUGGAGAAUGAAGCACAUAGACUGGAGGUCAAGCAGAUAGCAGCAGUUUGUGUCUUAGGAACUGGGAUUUCAGGCCUAGAGGCUUCAGUUCCUGCUACUUCCCUGUUUGUCUGGGGAGUAGAAGGUGAGAGUAGGACUAAGUUAGUUGUCUGUGGUGGGUGGGGAUAAUUUUUGUUCAGUCUUUUUUAGUGACCAAACUUUAAUUUCUAAGAAUAAUAUAUUGACAUACUAAGGGGAAGUGUUUUCAUUUUGAGUGACAUUCAGAGGCACUGGAUGUUCACGUUUGCUCACCUGCCGAGCAAAGGGAACAUCCGUUCUCAGAUUUCCGUCCGUUUCAUUUCUUCAUUAGAGUAAACAGUAUGACUUGAGAGGAUUAGUCUGGUGUCUAUUCUGGGUUAUAGAGAUUAUUUGAAAAAAAAAUCUUACAAUAUUUGAUGUACAGAAUAUAAAAUGUGUAAAUACUGAAUUAGGCACUCAAAAACCAACAAAGUGAAUAAACAAUCAUCUAAAGAUGGGAAACCUCUUAAAGGACAGUUUUGAUUUUCUUCUUUGUGUGAAGACUCGUGUGCUGGAGAACACCCAAAGCAUUUAAAAACAAACAUUGGAGAGAAGUUAUCAAGGCAGCUCGUGUCCUCAGAAGUAACCUGUUCCUCUUGAGUGGCACCUGGGACUUUUUUCUCCCAGUAAAUCUCAGUGACAGCAUCUUGUUGAUGAAGUAGGAUGGAGGCCUAUAUUACCAAAGUCUGUAAGCAUAACUGAACUUGGUCUUCUGUGUUCCAGAGAACAGCACUGCUUCUGACAGAAUUGAAUUCAUGAUAAAUGGUUAAUUUUUUUUCUCACACUGCUAAUUUUUGGUUGGAAACCAUUCUUUAUACUUGAUAGACAGUUUUCAGAAAACUUUUAUCACCAGGUGUACAAGAGUCAUGGACAGUAGAGCAGUUUAAAUACUAGGCCUCAGAAAGCUGAAAAAAGACAGCAAAGAAAUGGGUUUGGAACGUAUGGUCUGGAAUGCUUGUCAGACUCUGAAGAUGUGUUUCAGGUUUGGAUUACAAACCCCAUUUAUGAUUUUUAAACAUACUUGAAAUAAAACGAUUAAAAUGAA